AUAGGAUAUCUAUUUUAAAACGUUCCCCACUCUAUUGUUUUUAUAUUAGAUAAAUUUUAAGUUUGUGGUGAGCAUAAAUUAUCGUGUGGUUUAUCAUUUUCGUAACAGUGCAGAUCGUAGAAGAUGGGUAAAUUAUUGAGACCUGGGCGUAUUGUCAUUGUUCUUAGUGGCCGCAGGGCUGGAUGCAAGGGGAUUAUCGUUCAAACCAACGAGAAUUCAAGCAAACGCAGGCCAUAUAGCAAUUGUCUAAUAGCUGGAAUCGAAAAACCACCAAGAAAGGUCACCAAAAAGAUGUCAAAGACUAAGGUGGAGAAAAGACUUAAGAUCAAAACCUUUGUCAAGUACAUUAAUGUAAAUCACUUGAUGCCAACCAGGUAUAUGGUAAGCAGCAGUAUAGACCCUAAAUCGCUGGUCACCGAUGAACAAAUGGAGAACAAGGCCUCAAGGAAGAGCGCCAGAAAGGCUGUAAAACUCGUUUUGGAGGAAUGCUUUUCUAAACCAGAAUCGGCUGACUCUUCUGCCAAGGGUAGCAAGGACACUGCCUUCCUAAAGAAGAAGCUUAGGUUUUAAGUUGAACUUUAAAUUCAUAAAGUGUUUAU